AUGAAUUGCCUGCAAGAUGUACCUUUCAGAGUGACCAUAAGCGUUGCAGACGACUCCACGGAAGAGGCAAACUUUGUAUCAGCGCCUGAGUUUGAGGUGCCCGAUUGCAUGGAAGUCCUGAUGUGUGCAAUGCUACAGCCCAAGGCCAAGAAGAUGCUGACUCUCCUUCUUCUGUUUCCACAGCACGAUUUCUCGCUAGAGAAGAAGGUGCUGUAUUGGGUAGACUCCGCCUCUCAGCAAGACACCCCCUGGUACGAAGUCACCACUGACGUGGUCCCAACGGCUCCGCCAUGCUGGCUGCUGCUGCUGGACUCGAAAGAAAACUUCCCAGAGGCAGCAGGCCACAAACUGACUUCUGUGGUACCCAUUCGACGGUGUGCCAACCUGUGUGCUGCGGCAGAGAAGUUCAGCUGCACUGUGAACAAGAGCAGGCUGGCUAAGAAGGUGAGCAAGGAUGGGUGCUUGGAAGAGCAAGGGUGCUCCGAAGGUGAGGAGUCUCCCUCGGCUUCCUCUGUCGAAAGUGAUGGUGAAGAAAAACCCUUCUCUGACUCCAAGCAUGUUCCUGGCACUUUGCCUCGUUUCCUGAGUCUUCCCCAAUGUAGACCAAAGACCUCCCCGGUGCUGUUGGCCACCCCUUCAGAGAGCAUCAGCCAAAAGCCGCCUCUAGUCAAGCAGAGGCAAUCUAUGUUUUUAUUUAACAACGUAAAGCAUGAGUUUGAAGGAGCCAGGAAGAAGCUCACAGCUUUCAUGCUCCCGAGGAACCAGGCAGCAGUGGAACCCACCAUGGCGUCCAGAGCUUUCUCCCUCCAUCAGCGCUCCCGGAGCAGCCGAAACCUGAAAUAUGGACCUACCUCUGAUGUGUCUCUGGUGGGAACUCUUGCCCCGACGCCACCGACGACUCCUUGCUGUAGCCCAAGGCCACUGACUGUAGCGGGGCUUGUCCCUCCUAUCCAAAAGCACAAGCCCACAGUUCCAGUCCAGAAGGACCCAUGA